AUGACUAACAGCUGUUUCUGUCAUCGUAGAUCUGGGCCAGCGCGCGCCUUUCGGACUGAAGGUGAAAUGUCCAGUUGUGUGCGGAAAAAAUUGGUAAUUGUGGGUGACGGCGCAUGUGGAAAAACAUGCCUGCUAAUCGUGUUUAGUAAGGAUCAGUUUCCGGAGGUUUACGUUCCGACUGUGUUUGAGAACUAUGUGGCGGAUAUUGAACUUGCUGGCAAGCGAGUUGAACUUGCCUUGUGGGAUACGGCUGGACAGGAAGAUUAUGAUAGAUUACGGCCAUUAUCCUAUCCAGACACAGAUGUUAUUUUGAUGUGCUUUAGUAUAGACAGUCCUGACAGCCUUGAAAACAUAGCAGAAAAAUGGGUGCCUGAAGUCCGGCAUUUUUGUGGGAACGUACCGAUUGUUUUGGUUGGCAAUAAAAAGGAUCUGCGUAAUGACGAAAACACAAGGGCAGAUUUGAAACGUAUGAAACAGGAUACUGUGAAAUAUGAGGAAGCACUGUCGGUUGCCAACAGCAUCGGAGCGUAUGCUUAUAUGGAGUGUAGCGCAAAGACUAAAGAUGGUGUCCGUGACGUGUUCGAAACCGCCACAAGAGCGGCUCUUGAGACGAAAAAGUCAGGAAAGAAGAGGUGUAUUUUGCUCUGA